ACGCACAGAGACCUCUUUCCGGCCGGAACCGGCUGCUCUGGUUUCCCCGGACGUCAUCACCCUGCGCCGACGCCGGAAGUAGCGACGCUCGGGGCGCGCGCCGGGCGCAGUUUCUCCUCAGGCUCCGGACCGGCAGCGGCGGCGGCGCAGGGUGGCUUCACUCCAAUGGGUGAUGAAAAGGACUCUUGGAAAGUGAAGACCUUAGAUGAGAUUCUCCAGGAGAAGAAGCGACGGAAGGAGCAGGAGGAGAAGGCAGAGAUCAAGCGCUUAAAAAACCGCUCCCGCGGUGACGCUUUGUCCUUCCAAAUGUCGCAGUCUGAUGACCGGGACUCCAAGCGGGAUUCCCUUGAGGAGGGGGAGCUGAGGGACCACCGCAUGGAGAUCACCAUCAGGAACUCGCCCUACCGGAGGGAGGACUCCAUGGAGGACAGAGGCGAGGAGGAUGACUCCUUGGCUAUCAAGCCGCCGCAGCAGAUGUCCCGGAAGGAGAAGGCUCAUCACAGGAAGGACGAGAAGAGGAAAGAGAAACGUAGGCAUCGCAGUCACUCGGCAGAAGGCGGCAAGCAUGCCAGAGUGAAGGAGAAGGAGAGAGAGCAUGAGCGCCGGAAGCGGCACCGGGAAGAGCAGGACAAAGCUCGCCGGGAGUGGGAGAGGCAGAAGCGGCGGGAGAUGGCACGAGAGCAUUCCCGGAGAGAGAGGGACCGCCUGGAGCAGCUGGAGAGGAAGCGGGAGCGGGAGCGCAAGCUGCGGGAGCAGCAGAAGGAGCAGCGGGAGCAGAAGGAGCGGGAGCGGCGGGCGGAGGAGCGGCGCAAGGAGCGGGAGGCCCGGCGGGAAGUGUCUGCGCAUCACCGGGCGAUGCGAGAGGACUACGGCGACAAGGGGAAGGCCAGCCACUGGAGCCGCAGCCCGCCGCGGCCGCCGCGGGAGCGGUUCGAGCUGGCAGACGGCCGGAAGCCAGUGAAAGAAGAGAAGAUGGAAGAGCGAGGAGACCUGCUGCUGGACCUACAAGACAUCAGCGACAAUGAGCGGAAGACCAGCUCCGCGGAGUCCUCCUCAGCGGAGUCAGGCUCGGGUUCUGAGGAGGAGGAGGAGGAGGAGGAGGAGGAGGAGGAAGGGAGCAGCAGUGAAGAAUCAGAGGAGGAGGAGGAGGAAGAGGAGGAGGAAGAGGAAGAGGAGACUGGGAGCAACUCUGAGGACGUGUCUGGACAGUCAGCAGGCCCCCGGAGGAGCAGCCCAGAGCCUGCGGGUGGCGCUCCCGGGGGACACGGUGCACGCUGCUCUCUUGCAGAGGAGGUGAGUGAGGACGAGAUGAGCGACGACGAAGAGCGAGAAGCCGAGAACCACAUCCUCGUGGUUCCAGAGUCACGAUUUGACCGAGAUUCUGGGGACAGUGAAGAAGGGGAAGAAGAGGUGGGCGAGGGCACCCCCCACAGCACUGCGCUGACGGAAGGCGAGUUCGUGCCCAACUCCCCAGCCCUGUCGCCCAUCGAGCUCAAGCAGGAGCUGCCCAAGUACCUGCCCGCCCUGCAGGGCUGUCGCAGUGUGGAGGAGUUCCAGUGCCUGAACAGGAUUGAGGAGGGCACCUACGGGGUGGUGUACAGAGCCAAGGACAAGAAGACAGAUGAGAUUGUGGCUCUGAAGCGGCUGAAGAUGGAGAAGGAGAAGGAGGGCUUCCCCAUCACGUCGCUGAGGGAGAUCAACACCAUCCUCAAGGCGCAGCACCCCAACAUCGUGACCGUCCGGGAGAUCGUCGUGGGCAGCAACAUGGACAAGAUCUACAUCGUGAUGAACUACGUGGAGCACGACCUCAAGAGCCUGAUGGAGACCAUGAAGCAGCCGUUCCUGCCGGGCGAGGUGAAGACGCUCAUGAUCCAGCUGCUGUGCGGCGUGAAGCACCUGCACGACAACUGGAUCCUGCACCGCGACCUCAAGACCUCCAACCUGCUGCUGAGCCACGCCGGCAUCCUCAAGGUGGGCGACUUCGGGCUGGCCCGCGAGUACGGGUCCCCGCUGAAGGCCUACACCCCCGUCGUCGUCACCCUGUGGUACCGCGCCCCGGAGCUGCUGCUGGGGGCCAAGGAGUACUCCACGGCCGUGGACAUGUGGUCCGUGGGCUGCAUCUUCGGGGAGCUGCUGACACAGAAGCCCCUGUUCCCCGGGAAGUCGGAGAUCGACCAGAUCAACAAAGUGUUCAAGGACCUGGGGACGCCCAGUGAGAAGAUCUGGCCCGGCUACAACGAGCUGCCGGCCGUGAAGAAGAUGACCUUCACCGAGUACCCCUACAACAACCUGCGCAAGCGCUUUGGGGCGCUGCUCUCCGACCAGGGCUUCGACCUCAUGAACAAGUUCCUGACCUACUUUCCCGGGCGGAGGGUCAGCGCCGAGGACGGCCUCAAGCACGAGUACUUCCGAGAGACGCCCCUCCCCAUCGACCCCUCCAUGUUCCCCACGUGGCCCGCCAAGAGCGAGCAGCAGAGGGUGAAGCGAGGCACCAGCCCGAGACCCCCCGAGGGCGGCCUCGGCUACAGCCAGCUGGGUGACGACGAUCUGAAGGAGACGGGCUUCCACCUCACCACCACCAACCAGGGGGCCUCGGCCGCAGGCCCUGGCUUCAGCCUCAAGUUCUGAGGCUCAGAGUGGACCCCAGACCGACAGCGGGACCAGCGGCAGGAGUGGGGGCGGCUGUGAGGCAGCCUGUGGGUCAGGCCGGGUCCUGCCCAGAUGACGCCGCGGGGAAGUGGCCUCAAGGCGACUGCUGGCCCCGUUUUCCACGUUUCGUCUUGGCUUGUAAAUUUGUAGAAUUAAAUCUAUUUCCUUGUGGAA